UCCAUGGGCGCCGCGCUCGCCUGCAGCCUCCGCCGGCGCGGGUCGCGCGCGAUGCCGCUAUGCCCCUGAUCUGGCUCCUGCUGCUCAGCCUGCUGGAGCCCGGCUGGCCCGCGGCGGGCACCGGAGCGCGGCUGCGGCGCGAUUCGAGUGGCCGCGGCGGCGUCUAUGAACACCUCGGCGGGGCGCCCCGGCGCCGCAAGCUCUACUGCGCCACCAAGUACCACCUGCAGCUGCACCCGAGUGGCCGCGUCAACGGCAGCCUGGAGGACAGCGCCUACAGUAUUCUGGAGAUAACAGCCGUGGAGGUGGGCAUUGUGGCCAUCAAGGGGCUCUUCUCCGGGCGGUAUCUGGCCAUGAACAAGAGGGGACGCCUCUACGCCUCGGAGAGCUACAAUGCCGAGUGUGAGUUUGUGGAACGGAUCCACGAGCUGGGCUACAACACCUACGCUUCCCGGCUGUACCGCACAGUGCCCAGCGGGCCUGGCGCCCGGCGCCAGCCCAGCACAGCCGAGAGACUGUGGUACGUGUCUGUGAACGGUAAGGGGCGGCCUCGCCGUGGCUUCAAGACACGCCGCACCCAGAAGUCCUCUCUGUUCCUGCCGCGCGUGCUGGACCACAAGGACCACGAGAUGGUGCGGCACCUGCAGGGUGGCGCUGGGCUCCGGGGCAGCCCGGCCCGGCCGCUGGUCAGAGGCCCGCAGCCUCGACGGAGGCGGCGGCCACGGAGGCAGCAGGGCCAGGGAGCCCAUGCUUAG